CAACAAUGGCGGCGCUUGGAAGACUCACCUGCUUAUUCACCCUGUAAAACAAGCCGAAGCUUGUAACUGCUGUUCGGGGCCACUAUCGCUCUUUCUCUUUCGUUCUCUCUCUCUCUAUAUCUCGCUCUCUUUCUCUCUCACUGCUUGUGCGCCCUCCUACCCGUAGGCUUACUUGCGGAAGUUCCAGUUCCGCUCAGGCUCUCCAGAGCUGAGAAGCUACCGACACCGCGUCUCCCCCACUCUCGAGCACCGGCAGAGAGCGUCUUCGCAAGGCAAGGUGAAUCAUGAGCUACAGCGUCACCCUGGCUGGUUCAGCUCCAUGGGGCUUCAGGCUACAAGGAGGAAAGGACUUUGGUCUUCCCCUCACUGUUUCACGGCUGACGGAUGGAGGCAAAGCAGCCAAAGCCAAGAUGAGUGUGGGAGACAUCAUUCUGUCCAUAAAUGGCAUCUCCACUGACAGCAUGAACCACCUCGAGGCCCAGAACAAGAUUAAAUCCUGCUCCGGCAAUCUGAGCCUAACUUUACAGAGAGCUGCCAAAGGAAGUUCUAAGGAUGAACCUCAAGAAAUCAUUAAGCCCGUCCCAGUCACCCACCCGGCUCCCAACGCCACAUACACAAAGCCGUCAAGUCAGCCUGCGUACAACAAGACAGCUCGGCCGUUCGGGGGCGACAGAGAUGCGCCGACCCUCCCCUCCGUAGCAUCCAUCCCCUCUGAAUCCUCCGCUUUCACGCCAGCUUGCGCCUCUCAACCGCCACACCCCCCAUUCCCACUCAAGUCCAGCCUCACGGCGCCGGACUCUUCCCCCGCUCACUCCAGCAUCAGCUCCCCAUCCACGCUGUCCUCCUCCUCCCCCUCAUCUCAGGCCUCCUCCCCGGCCAGAGUGACAGCACCCACCUCCCAGCCUAAUGUCCCGCAGCCGUCCGUGUAUAACUCCCCCAUCAACCUCUACUCCAACGUCAACGCCUGCGAGGUGGCCAUGGGGCAGAGGCGCGGCCUUCUGGAGAGCCAAGGUCUGGUAGAUCAGUUCAACGGAAAAGAUUCCAACAUGAAUCACGCAUCUGCCCUUAGUGAGGCCAGCAAGAAGAGACUGAUCGAGGACACUGAAGACUGGCACCCGAAAACCGGUACUUCUCAAUCCCGCUCCUUCCGGAUCCUGGCCCAGCUCACCGGCACUGAAAAUGAGGAGGCUCCUGACAACAAUGGAAAAAACGAUGUUAUGGAUAAAACAUCCGAGAGCAUGCCCGCCUUGCCUGCAGCCAAAACAUAUUCCAAAGCUCCGCCUCCUCGGAACGGCAACGUCGUGGCUCCGUCUGCAUUCAAGAGCCCCCCAGCCCAGAACAAGCCCUUCUCCCAGCUUGGGAGCCCAGCAGGUACAGGCGUCCGUAAAGUUGCUGCCGCUCCUUCGUUGGGCAAGGUUACCAACCCUCCUCCCAAAGGCCCAGAGCGACCCGUCCCACAACCACAUCCUGAGGAUCUCAACUCCCUGGUGCAGCGAGCCGAGCACAUCCCGGCUGGAACACGCACCCCCAUGUGCCAUAAGUGCAAUCAGGUCAUCAGGGGUCCCUUCCUGGUCGCCAUGGGCAUGUCCUGGCACCCCGAGGAGUUUGACUGCGCCCACUGCCACUCCUCUCUGGUGGACCGUGGAUUUGUGGAGGAGAAGGGUCAGGUGUACUGCGAGUACUGCUAUGAGCAGUUCUUUGCUCCCACCUGUGCCCUUUGCCAACAGAAGAUAUUGGGGGAGAUCAUGAACGCACUGAAGCAGACCUGGCACGUGUCUUGUUUUGUGUGCGUGGCUUGUCAGCAGCCAAUCAGAGGCAACAUGUUCCACAUGGAGGAUGGACAGCCGUACUGUGAAAUGGACUACUACAAACUGUUUGGCACAAACUGCCAUGGUUGUGACUUCCCCAUUGAGGCAGGAGACAAGUUCUUGGAAGCUUUAGGGUUCACCUGGCAUGACACCUGCUUUGUGUGCACGGUCUGCACCGUUAAUCUGGAAGGACAACCCUUCUUCUCCAAGAAAGACAAACCUUUGUGCAAGAAACAUGCCCACACGGUUAACAUCUGAUCCACUCCACUCAGUAACAGCAACAAAAAAAAAGGGGGUGACAACCAAAAUCAUUUGGCAACAAUAUAUGCAGUAUCUUUCCAUAACUAUGUCAGUCAAAUGCUAAAUAUUUAAAUUUAAAUGUAUAUGUGUGUAUUUGUUUGUUUUAUGUUUGUUUUUUUGACAUUUUCUUUAAAGUGCAAUUUUAUGGAUGUAAAAAUGCAUUUGGGCAGCAUUCUCUUAGUUUUUUCAGUAAUUUGAGUGGGAUGAGGGUCUUGUUGUAUUUCCACAGAAUAAGAUUAUAAUGCUGACCCUAUCAGUACUAUUGUAUUUCAAUUAUACAAGUAUACAGUACAUACAGUAGAUGUAAGAACUACUGUUGACAUUAAAAAGGCCAAACAUUCAUCAGAUAAUUAUGAUAAAACUGUUAUUAUUUGUACUGUAUUUUUUUCUCUGAAAAUCAUAUUAAAUCAUUAAAUUAUAAUAUAAAUCAUAAUUUAUAUUUUAUAUAUGUUUUCCUAUGGAUUGGCCCUUUCUGAUGAUGAUCAUUUACAAUAUGAACACAAAAAUAUUUGUAUAUAGUCCUACAGACCUGCCCUUUGUUAUGUGCCUUUCUAAUUUUCAUAUGUGGAAUAAAAACAGUGUUAUGUA